AUGUCCAAGCUCUUUAUUGGCGGCCUUGCAUGGCACACUGAGGAAGGCACUCUCAGACAGAAGUUUGAGGAGUUUGGUGCCGUUGAGGAAGCUGUAAGUACUGAUCGCCCGGUCCGAAGAAACUUUCUUGAGAAUGGCGUCGCCAUAGACCAUGGAGAGACACUUUGUCCCAACAUUCCAGUCGUUGUGAAGGACCGCGACACUGGCCGCAGCCGUGGAUUCGGCUUCGUCCGCUACACUCAGGAUAGUGACGCUCAGAAGGCCAUUGCUGCCAUGAACAACGUCGAGUACGCUGCCUUUGCGAAACUGCUUUCCAUUGCUUGCUUGUUUGACGGACGCACUAUUCGCGUUGACAAGGCCUCUGACAACGGUCCCCGCGGUGGCGGUGGCUACCGCGGCGGCUUCGGCGGCGGUGGUGGACGUGGCGGCUACGGCGCGCCCCCUGUGCCUUACGGAGGCGCUCCCGGUGGAUACGGCGUUCCCAACAUGGGCUACCAGCAGCAGCAGCCUGCUUACGGCCGCGGCUACCCCCCUCAGCAGCCCUACGGCGGUGCUCCUCCCCAGGAUGGCUACGCGCCCCAGGCUCCCUACGGAUACGCCGACCCGUCUCAGCAGCCCCAGGGCGGCCGAGGCUAUUAG